GUCUUCCACGUCGGGGUCGAGGUCCUCGGGGUGGAGUUCUGUUUCCAGGCGAUGGAGGGCUCGAGGAUUCCGUUCCGGACCUUCCGAGGCGAAGGUCGUGCGGAGGCUGCUGGGCCAGCAGCACAGACGUGGAGGACGACAAGACGGGGCUGACCUGGCACUACCCGAGGUCGCACCCGCGGCACGUCUUCCGGGAGUCG